AUGAAAGCUGCUUUUGUUACCGGCGCGAACAAAGGAAUCGGAAAAGCAAUCGUUGCAAAACUAGCUCAAACUCUUGGUUCUACCGGUGUGUGGGAUGUAUAUUUAACCGCACGCGAUGUAGAGCGCGGGGGUCAGGCCUGUUCUGAUCUGGUCAAUCUUGGACUGGCUGUCAAAUUCCAUCAGUUGGACAUCACAGAUGCGAAGAGCCGUCACAGAUUUCUCGAUUUUCUUACUUCUCAAUAUCCAAAGGGGAUUGGUGUAGCGGAUGACGCAAACGUACCGUUUGGUGAGCAAGUCCGUGUCACGAUGCAAACAAACUUUUUUGAUACAUUGGAAUUUACCGAGGAAUUUAUUCCACUUCUAGCAAAUGAUGCCCGGCAUGCAGAAGUUGGUGAUCAUGAACAAGCAGGCUGGCCAUCCACCGCUUACGGUGUGUCAAAACUCUGCCUGAUUAAAGCCUCAUUUAUCCUGGGGGACUUGUUGAAACAAGAUCCGCGGAAUAUUGUUAUGAAUUCGUGUUGUCCCGGCUAUGUAUCCACCGAUAUGACAAGACACAAAGGUAGCAAGACUCCGGAGCAAGGUGCUGACACUCCGUUUUAUUUGGCAACACUCCCGGUAGGAGUCACGGAACCGGUGAAUCAGUUUGUUUCGGAGCGACGAGUACGACGCUGGGGACGAGGCCGACAAACAGCUAAUGACAAACAACACUGA